GUGGGUCAAGUCUGUUUUGUUUACCUCGAUCUGCUCUGCACGUGGGUAGGGAGGGAGUGCUGGUGGAUUAGCGCGCUCUGAUCAUCACAGUCUACGUGCUACCAUAACAACAGUGAACGAAGAAAGGCAGUUUAGAAUACAGUUUUCUCCUCAUUGCUCGUGUUUGUCAGUGUGAGAAUCUCUCUCUCUGAAUUUAAAUCAUCCUUCGGCCACUAACAUGUCUCUGUCAGGUUCGCAGACUCCAGAGGACGGCUUGUACGUCCUCCACAGGUGGUGACUCCUCCACAGACUGUUGCUUCCCCUCCCCACAGUGAAGGCAGCAGCAGUACAGACUGUGUUACCAUACAGUCCGAAGAAGAAGGGGAGAGGGGGCUGACUUCUGAGUGGGUAUGGGACUGGUCCAGUCGGCCUGAGAACCUUCCACCAAAGGAGUUUGUGUUCCAGCACCCGAAGCAGCAGUCAGGCUCCCUGAGUGUAAGGAAGAGUGAGGUGAUGAAGAGAGGACUGUUCUCCUCCGACGUCCUCAUGGUCCUCAUCCCCUCACUGCUGGUCUCACACCUUCUCACACUGGGAGUGGGGAUAUACAUAGGGAAGCGAUUGGCUGCCUCCACAACUAGCACUCUGUGACAUAUGCUUCAGGGUAGCACUCCCAUUUGUUGACGGCAGACCAAUAGGAAUGGCAGCCCUUGCCACAACACACCUGUUGCCCCCCUCUCUCCCUGUCAUGGGGCAACAUAGGACCAGGCCUUUCUUUACCACUGUCUCUCUGUCUGUCUCAAUAUGUCUGUCUGUCUGUCCACCACCCAUCAGCACUUUGUGUGUCUGUCCAUCAGUCAGUCACCCAGCAUCUCUGAAUCUGUGAUUGUCCCAGGGCCAGAGAGUGAGUGAGUGAGUGAGUGAGUGAGUGAGUGAGUGAGUGAGUGAGUGAGUGAGUGAGUGAGUGAGUGAGUGAGUGAGUGAGUGAGUGUGUCAGUCAGGGCCGGAGAGAGACUGCUAUACAGACAUUGUGUCAAUAACUCAGACUGAGAUCACUAUUACUUUACCAGCAAAGUAACACUGAUCUCAGUUAACUAACAGAGAGAAACGAGUGAUGAGAUGGAGAGAGAAAAAGGAGAGAGAAAGGACAGAGAAAAAAGAGUAACUCCUCACUAAAUCCCCUUGGAAGGUGUGAGCAGGGCAUUGAAGAUAUAGGGUAUAUAGUCCAAUGCUUGCCCAAAUUUAAACCAAAAUCGAAUUCUGGUGAAAGAAAGUCCCCAACAGUAUAUCUUUAUAUGACUCUGGUCACCAAUAAUAUGUGUCAGAAAUAACAGAUCUGUGAUAAGCCCGGGUGGUUUGUAUAACGUUGAGGAAUGGUUUGUAUAACGUUCUAAGUGGUUUAUGACAACACAAGUGGCGCUGGUUGUUUUCGUUGUCCUAUAUAACCAUCUAACUGUUUAAACUCUGAACUGUUUGAAGGACCAUAAGCCCAUUAAACUUCAUUCCUCAUACAGCU